UAAACAGAAGUAGCAUUGCUGAUCCUCAAUCGAUGGUAUUUGAGCAUUUUGAAAAUGACGACAACCAUCAUUGGCCGACCUCAAGGCUGGGAUGGAUCCCGAGUGCGACUCGAUUAGCAUAGACCGGCAUAAAGAUGAAGAGGAAGCAAAAGGCAACAUCUUUCUUAGAUAUCACCUUCAAUAAAGGGGUUUUAGAGAUACCUCCGCUUGAGAUUGAUGAUGACACCAACAUCCUCUUUAGGAACCUCAUUGCAUUUGAGCAAUGCCAAAAGGAUGCCAGUGGCAACGGCAACAUUUCAGCCUAUGCCUCAUUCAUGUCUUGCAUCAUUGACACUGCUGCAGAUGUUGAACUGCUCCAGGAGAAAGCCAUCAUCAUCAACGGGUUUGGAAAUAAAAAGAAAGUAGCCAAUCUCUUCAGCAAGCUCUGCAAGGAGGUGGUGAUUGACCACGAAAACUGUUAUAUUUCAAGCAUCUUCAAGGGGGUCAAUGAGCAUAAUAUCCACAAAUGGAACACAUGGUGUGCAGACCUAAAUCACAAAUACUUUCCUAAUCCUAGCUUAUGUACCUCAUUUAUAGUUAUUUUGCUCUUUAUCAUUGCAAUAAUGCAAUUUGCCUUAUUAUUUUCAUAGUAAAC